AUGGCGACGGACCCCACGGCAGUACCCAAGCAGGCCGACAAGGCGGCCGAUGAAGACAACGGCUGGAACAAGCUGGCGGUGACGUUCGAGGCCUCCCCGGACGCGAUGCUGCUGGGCCACCCGCCGAUGAGCGCGGCCUGGAGGCUCUUCCUGUUCGGCAACGGCUCGCCCACGCACCACUUGGGCCUGCUCACGGGCUCCCCGACCGAGGUGGACGUGCUCGGAAUGCUGCCGGUUGGGGACAGCCCGGACAACGCGCCGUGCGAAGUGGAGGCCAUCGCUGCUCCACGCUGCAGGCGCCAGGUCUUUCUGCGCAACGCGCGCGGCGAGCGUCUGGGCUACGCGGCGUCGUGGAUCAAUGUGGAGGACGUGGGCGCCGUGUUCAAGGACACCAAGAUCCCCAUCGGCAAGAACAUCCUCCAGCACAAGACCGAGCUGUACCGCGACAUGAAGAGCGUCUUCUGCGGCCACUCGGCCGAGCUGGAGGAGGCCUUCGGAAUGCCGGGGCCGUUCUGGGGCCGCUCCUACCUCUUCUGGAACGGCGGACGACCCGUGACCUUCAUCUACGAGGUCUUCUCGCCGGCGCUGGAGAAGUACAUGGGCAAUGUGCUGCUGUAG